AUGGCUAGCCACAUCGUUGGCGUCAUAGAUGUCCUUCUUCACAAGCUCUUCUUCCGCACGCCAACAACCUCGAUGACCGCUCCGACACUCGACAAACCCCUGGAGAAGGUUCAUCCUGACAAUCUUCCCCAUAUCGGCCACGAAGAGGCGGCUAACGGUCUGGUUGCACUCGUUGACCACUCAGAGAAGCAUGAUGUCAGCCAAGGCAUACAUGCUUCGUCACACACAAUCUUUUCAAUUCCCUGGAUCCAUAAACUCAUCCCUGGAAUCGAGAAACUUGCUGCUGCCUACCACAUUGGCAACUUUGUCGCAAUCCGAGGCUCCAAGAACCAGAUAUUUGAGGCAAUGCCCCUCUAUGCGCGAAUCGGGAUGCACCUUCUCUUCUAUGGGUCUGCCGAAAUAAAGUUGUUGCAUUGGCAAAGCAUCGAGCAUCUUUUGCGCGAGCAGUCCGUCAAGGAGGGUAAAGUAUACGAUAGUCCUGAAUCAGUUCAAAACAUUGCUUCAUUCAUCGCGACCUAUCAGCUGUCCACGGAAGAACUGCUCGAACCUGACAUCAGCAAGUAUAAAACGUUCAAUGAGUUCUUUUAUCGCAAGCUUAAGCCAACUGCACGUCCUGUUGAUCAUGCAGACGACCCCUUGUCUAUUUGCAGUGCUGCCGAUUGCCGACUCACUGUUUAUAACACAGUAGAUCUUGCCAAACAGUUCUGGAUAAAGGGCCGUGAAUUCACUGUCCCAAAUCUUCUCGGUGUCGAUGCGGGCUCCAAUGAAGCCACCACUUUCGACGGAUCAAGUCUCGCGAUUUUCCGUCUUGCCCCCUCCGACUAUCAUCGGUUCCAUUGCCCCAUUGACGCCACUGUGGGCGAAAUUACUCAUAUUCCUGGACAAUACUAUACCGUGAAUCCCCAGGCCGUUAACGAACAAGGCUUUGAUGUGUUCACCGCCAACACUCGCUCUGUGUUAUAUCUCACUCAUACGGCAACUGGUCUCCCAGUUGCAUUUGUGGCCAUUGGUGCCUUACUUGUUGGUAGCAUUGUCUGGACAAACGGCGGCGAAAAAGGCAGGGUGAUCAAGAAAGGUGAUGAGCUUGGGCACGUAUAUUCUCAUAUUUCGCCUACGGAGGCAGCACCGUUGUCGCGCUGUUCCCCAAGGGCGUUAUCGAGUGCGUUGCCCUCAACUCCAUUUUGCCGUGCUCAACUGAGAGAAAAAAAAACUAGAUUCGAUGAAGAUUUGGUCGCUAACUCUCUCAUCCCAGUUGAGACACUGGUCAAGGUGGGGAAUUCUUUGGGCCGUACGCCAUCCAAAGCAUAA